GGCUUUUAUUGCGAAGGGUCUGAACCGGAUAAGCGGUGAUCAAUAUCCACAAUCUGUAGCGAGUCUAAGCGAAAUGUGACGUGGCUAAGCCAUUUUUUAGAAGACAAAGGACAGACAAACCAAUCCGAAGAACAAUUUACUUAAUGUAAGAUAAAAAGAAGAAACGUAUCGUCCAGUUUUGACCAUGUUAUAGACACGUAGGAACGGCGAAGGUAACUUAGCGUCAACUGCUAGCAUUAACACUUUUGACAGUUGGGACAUGAGAAGAGGUGAGUUGUUGGGUAAUGUGCUAAGUCGAUCGACCAUGUCGGACAGCGCAGCCGAGGUACCAGAUACCGAAACACCCGAUGGCACCCCGCCGACCACACCCCUUGUAGCUACGGAUGUGCCCCCCACGAGGAAAGCCAGGAGGAGGGCUGAAGUGGAGGAGACGCCGAAAGUAGAAGCGCAGCCUCCAAAGGUGCCCAGUGAGUCUACCGUCUCCCAGGGAGGGUGGGGUUACUGGGGAAACUGGGGGAAAUCCAUCCUGUCCACUGCAACAGCCACUGUUGCCACCGUGGGUCAGGGGUUGACCCAGGUCAUCGAGAAGGCAGAGACCUCGCUCGGCAUUCCGAGUCCUACCGAGAUGUCCGCGCACGCUGAGGAGGAGGAGAGAAAAGAAGGAGGGGAAACGCCGAAUGAGACCGAGCGAGUGGCGGGAGAUGGAGCAUCGGCGGUAGAGAGCGCCAUAGGGAUGUUGACGUCGCUCAGCAGCGUCGUUCAGAACACAGGCAAGACGGUCCUCAGUGGCGGUCUGGACGCUCUGGAGUUCAUUGGUAAAAAGACGAUGGACGUAAUCGCAGAGGGCGAUCCCGGCUUCAAGAAAACCAAAAGGCUCAUGAUCAGGAACUCUACUCUCUCGCAGGUGCUGAGGGAGGCGAAGGAGCGAGAGCUUCAGACGUCCAAAGAGGAGUCAUCGAACCUCGAGAAGAAAGCGGUGGCUCAUUACGGGAUGCUGUUUGACGAAUAUCAGGGUCUGUCGCACCUAGAGGCUCUGGAGAUGUUAUCUAGGGAGAGCGAGUCAAAGGUGAAGUCGGUGCUGACAACACUGUCUGGAGAGGAGUUGAGUCAGCUGAGAGAGGAACUGGAGCUCAUCAAGGAUUCCUUCUCUCUGAUGGAGUUUGAAGAGGAGGAAGGGGACGAGAAGAAAGACCAAGAUGGCUCAGAGUUUGAGACGGAGCUCACAGAAGCCUUGGAGGGUCUCAGUGUUUCUGCUACAGCCGGUAAACUCAGCAAGGCCUGUAAGGACGCUUGCGGUGUGAUCGUCGGCAUAAACAAACCAGCGGAGGGCGACAGCAAGGAGGAUGAGAGGGCAACGCUCACUGUGGAGGAGGUGAACGCCGCGGCCAUCAGGAGCCUCGCCGAACUGACUGCACGAUCCAUUGAGCUUUUCCACAAGUUGGCCGAGAGCAUCCUCCUCUGCAACGGCGCCGUAAAGGGGGAUGCCUUGUCGCUGUUGACGGUCGUCUUGUGUAAAGAAGUAUCGCUGCUUUCCAAGAAGUUCACCGCCUGUUUGACAGCAGCCGGGUCAAACGAGAAAGGAGAGAUCCUCAACCCGCUUAUUACUGGGGUCUUCUUGGAGGCGUCCAACAGCGCCUCCUACAUCCAGGACGCCUUCCAGCUCCUGAUGCCCAUACUGGAGCUCUCUCACAUCCAGAGGAGAGCCGACACGUCAGAGCAGUGAGAAGCCACUUCCUCUUCAUGGGGCUCUUCCAUCAAACAGUAUUAACUAUUUUUAUAAGUAUUGAACUGCAGAAUAAUUCAUACCACUACUGUUGCUGCUUAUUUGUGAUCAAUUAUUCAGUAGAAAGGCACAAUAAGCCAAACUUUUUCCAAUGAGGCCUGCACACUAAAAAAUUAUCAAAGCAUCAAAGCCAUUUGGAUAUUUUUCAUUUUCAAGAUCAAUACAAUAUAAAUUUUUUAAAAACCUUUAGGACCCUCCAUAAGUUUGGUUGUGGGUACCUGAAAGGGUCUCAGUCAUAAAAAUGUAAGGAACAAGUCGUAUAUUGGUGAAUUAUAUUUAUAUAGCACUUUUUCUCGAUUGACGGAAAGCACUUUACUUUGAGAAACCCAUUAUCUACAUUUAAGCUAUAUUUAUUGAACUAUUUAAAGCUCCAGUUACUUCACAUCAAAUAUUACACUUUGGAAUUUUUGGGGUCAGGUGAAAUAUUGCAUAUUUUGGCCUUGGGUGGCACUGGGAGAAAGGUGGGUGAAGUGUCUUGCCCAAGGACACAACGACAGUGACUAGGAUGGUGGAAGCUGGAUUCGAACGAGGAACCUUCAAGUUUCUGGCAGGCCGCUCUACCAUUAGAGCGACACUUCCCAAUAUACAUAUUGUUUUAUUCAACGCAAAAAUCUCUAGAUCAACUCCAGGCUCGUCUGUCGAAAGUUUGAAUUUUUUUUUAAUGUUUUAUAUACUUUUUGUGAAAACUCUAAAUUCAAUUGCAAAAACACAAAACAUGCACUAUUUACCCCUCCAAAAUAAUCAGAGUGGAAAAUAAUUUGAGCUUUAAAUAGGCCAAUAACUCAUAACUGAUUCAUUUUAAUUCAAGAUUAGUUUUUAAGCAAUAACAGUUAUAAAAUUACUGGGUACCCAGAAGGGCCGCUGCGGUCACAAAACUGUAAAAAAUAAGUCACUUUUUUUAAAUUUUAUUUUAUUUUUUACUUUGAAGGGUUAAGUCACUAGAUCAACUUCAGAUUUAUCCGUCGAUUGUUUUUGUUUUAUGCCCUUUUUGUAAAAAAAAAUAUACAUAUAUGUAUAUCUAAAAUAACUUUUUUUUAUAUAUGGCAAACACAAAGUAUGUAAUUUCCCCAAAAAUAUAUUUCAAAGUGUAUUUUUAAUGUGAGGUGUUUGAUAAUAAUUCAUAACAUUCAUUGUUGUUAUUAUUAUUAUUAACAAUGACAGCUUUAAAGGAAAAGAAAAGUGGAGUCAACAUUCAACUUAGUGGAGUCAACAUUCAACUUUUUUUCUUUUUUAAUAGUAUGUGCAGCUGGGAUAGGCUCCAGCACCCCCCACAGCCCCAUAAGGGACAAGCGGUAGAAAAUUGAUGGGUGGAUGUGUAGUAAAAACAGCUGCAGGCCACACUUUGGACACCCCAACCUCAGGUGGUCCUAUAAGAAGAAGGAACUACAGUACAAUACUGCCAGCUUUGAUCUCUUAUAUGUAUCUUUUUGAAUAAAACAUUGUAAAGGCA